CAGUGAAAGCUACCUGAGUGUGCUAGCAAGUUACAGAGCACCUGAUUUCUCAAACGUGUAAACAGGAAGGAUAUUCUCUACUCCCCUUUUUAAAUGGUUGUGAGCCAUGCCUUUGGUGAAAAGGAACAUUGAACCGCGGCAUCUCUGCCGAGGAGCCCUGCCAGAGGGAAUUACCAGUGAGCUGGAAUGUGUAACGAAUAGUACCCUUGCUGCUAUCAUACGCCAGCUAAGCAGCUUGAGCAAACAUGCUGAAGACAUAUUCGGUGAAUUGUUUAAUGAGGCCAACAGCUUUCACAUCAGAGCAAAUUCCCUUCAAGACAGAAUUGAUCGCCUUGCUGUCAAAGUUACCCAGCUGGAUUCAACAGUAGAAGAGGUAUCAUUACAGGAUAUCAACAUGAAAAAAGCAUUCAAGAGCUCAACAAUUCAAGAUCAGCAGGUAGUUUCAAAGAACAGCAUUCCUAACCCAGUGGCUGAUAUUUAUAACCAGAGUGAUAAACCACCACCUCUGAAUAUUCUUUCACAAUAUAGGGAUGAUAAGAAAGAUGGAUUGAAGUUCUAUACUGAUCCUUCCUAUUUUUUCGAUCUUUGGAAAGAAAAAAUGUUACAAGAUACUGAAGAUAAGCGAAAAGAAAAGAGAAGACAAAAGGAGCAAAAGCGUAUAGAUGGCACCACCCGUGAGGUGAAAAAGGUUAGAAAAGCCAGGAACAGACGCCAGGAGUGGAAUAUGAUGGCAUAUGACAAGGAGCUUAGACCUGACAACAGGUUGUCUCAAAGUGUGUACCAUGGAGCAUCUUCCGAGGGAUCACUGUCCCCAGAUACUAGGUCCCAUGCAUCUGAUGUUACAGAUUAUUCUUACCCUGCUACUCCGAAUCAUUCCCUCCAUCAGCAGAUAGCAAUGUCUUCCUAUGGAGCAGGAGAUGGUCCACAGUACAUGGCAGCAUCCCAAAGCCAUGAGCAUGAAUACAGGCCACCUUCCACCACUGUACGACAUGCUACUUUAAACAGACCUCAGCAGCCACCUCCACCUCCACCCCAGCCUUCAGAUGGCCAGCAUAGCUCAGUGCCUGUGGUACCAGCAGAAUAUGGGAUGCUUCCAGCUCAGAUGGUGGAUUAUUACAAUCCUACAGGUCCUCCCCCUCCUCCUCCUCCUCCUAUGAUUCCUUCAGCACAAACUGCAUUUGUUAGUCCCCUUCAGCUUCCUGUGCCACCUUCCCAUUCUGGACUGGUGACUGGCUCUGCAUAUGCAGCUACUCAUCCUCCUCCUUCUAGUGGGCUUGUUGUUACUGCUCCUCCUCCCCCUGGCCCACCUCCUCCCCCUCCAGGCCCUCCUGCUGCAGGUUCCUCCCUCUCUUCCUCCCCAGUGCAUGCUCCUCCAGCUGCUGAGGCAAAACAUCAUGAACCUGCACAGCCACCAGUAAGUGACGCACGAAGUGAUCUCCUGGCUGCGAUUCGAAUGGGAAUACAGCUGAAAAAGGUGCAGGAACAACGUGAGCAAGAAGCAAAGCGAGAACCUGUUGGAAAUGACGUGGCCACCAUCCUUUCAAGGCGCAUUGCUGUGGAGUACAGUGAUUCUGAUGAUGAUUCCGAGUUUGAUGAGAAUGAUUGGUCAGAUUGAACCUGGUCCAAGCCCAGUGGCAAGUUCAUUAAAUACCUGGCUUCAGUGAUUGCUUUCUUAGCAAGAUGUAAAGCAGGACGUUGACAUGUAUUAAGGCUAGUGAUUGAAGUACUAACAUUGACUUGGUAUUAUUCUGGAUGCUGUAGCUUAGCAACUCUGGUGAUGAUGAUGUGAUUAUGCUUAUGCAGAUCAGAAACUCGUCUUACUUUCAGUAUUUACCACAUAAUACUUAAGUGCCAGUAAAUGUAGCAAAUCAUGUGCUGCGUGCAAAAUAUGCUGCAGUUGUUGCACUCUUACAGAACCAGCAUUUUAUUUUUCUUUCCUGAUCUCGAAGGGAUAAAGUAUAUUUUUUUGA